GUCCGGCAAAUGCGACCAACACGAUUUGCCUUCUUAUCAUCGGCUAUCGGUGCGUCGACAUCUUAGCCAAGAUUAGAUACCGCGCACACUUACAGAGUACAUUUCAAGCUGCCUUAAUAAUGAUUGCUAUUUGCUCGAAACGGCAAAUAGCGUCGCGUUUUCUACCGUUUUCAUCAUUAUCAUUUUUCGCAUAAAUUUGCAUUGAGUUUCGCUUGUUGUCUAGUGCGAACGCAAUCGGAAAAAUGUCGCUCGUUGGGCGACUUCGUCUCGACAAGAUUGUCAGUUCAUUCCCGGAGCUUGGACCGACAGCUCCAGAUGGUGGCUACUCGUGGUUCGUUCUCCUCGGUGUUAUCUUCAUUCAGAUAACUGUGCCUAGUGUCCUGUCGAUGUACGGCAUAGUGCUGGGAUAUUUAACGACAAAUACAUUCUACUUCGACUUGUGGAGCGCAAAAAUCACCCUGACGCCGAUAUUGUUCGUCGCCUUUUGGAGUCUGGCAGAUCCAUGGACCAAAACGAUCACAGGUCUGGCAUCGAUACCGCGGCUGGUCGGUCUGAUCGGUGUGAUCCUUCUCACCACAGGCGUCAUAGCUUCCGGAUAUUUGGCGACCGGUGGAGCGGGCGCGUAUCUGGCCAGUUUGAGUGCCGGGGCAGUGAUGGGCAUAGGAGCAAGUUUCGUGAUCGUGGAGAGCGAAACUGUGUUGCGGAAGCACUUCAAGGUCAGAUUGCCACUGGUGCUGAUGCUGAAGAACGUAGCCGCUUCCAUUGGUUUCACGAUCGUGCCGGCACUCAUGCACUUCUUACUUAUGGAAACCGAACUGAAGAGCGGUAUUCUAUUAAUGACGAUUGUCUUCAUUCCCACCGCCUUGGGCACGCUGACCUUGCGCUCCCCGCCACCGCAGCAAGCAUCUCCUUACAGAUUGCUUUUGCCGACCGACGAAGACAAUGAAUUAGGCAUCAAAAUAUCUUCGGAUAGAGAAUCAGAGUCAGAGCGACAGAAUAAAGGCGUGGACAACGCCGGCUACGAGAACAGUGACAAACGUAAUAGAAACGCCGUGCCACUAUUUAGCGAGGUAAACAGUAUCUAUGCGUAUCAGGAAUCGGACGAGGAUGUCGUCCUCUUCAGCAAUCCGAUCAUGCAAUUGAACGGCAAAUGGAAGCAGGAGUUUCGCGUGGUUCGCUUCUUCCGGUUCUGGGCAGCCGCGGUGACGUGGAUCGGGAUGAAGGCCGGUUCGCUCUACUUCUGGAUCCUAGUACCCGCUAUAUUUGUGCAACGAACCGCAGAGUCGUCCGUUUGCUAUUCUGACGAUUGGAUGAUGUUGCUGGUAAUCGCCGGCCUCGGCUCUUUCGUCCCCAGUAUCGCUAGCUGUUGGUCCAUCACGACCACUGCGCAGUACAGAAGGAUAUAUUUCGGAAGCGCUUGUUGGCUCGGCAGUAUUAUUUUGUUAGGUUUAUCUUAUACGAUUAAUUACUACUGGUUUCUGAUAUUCUCGCUUCUUGGCGGAAUUAGCAUCAGCAGUUUGCUCACCUGCCAGGACUUAACAUUGUGCGAUGUGCUGGGAAAUCAAUUCGCACAUCUCUCGCAUAAAUUGUUCUCCACCUUAGUCGGAUUGGGUAUGCUGACCUUCUGCUUCGUGCAUAAUGAGAACGUAUGCCUGCGCGCGGUUGCGUUGCUGCAGUUUCUCGGCGGAUGUUAUUGGACCGUACCGCCCGUUUGGGAAAUCGUACAAGCGCGGAGGCUUAGAAACGGUUAAUCCCGUUAUAAAAAAAAUCAUGAGUCAUACUCUAUGUUCCGCCAUAUAGAAAUAUUUACAAGGCGUUGAUGAUGAAAGUCACAGUGUGAUUGAUUCCUUAUAAUGCCUUUAAAUAGUAAAAAAUACUCUCUUAUAGAAUAAUCUUAAGAAUAGAUGUGCGCUCCGUACAAUGCAAAUUGUGUAAUUGUGAAAUAAUUAUUUAACUUAGAGAUGAGGCGCGAGAUAGAAGAAACUGUUUUUAAAUUAUACAAUUGUAUAUGCGUGAUCGCAAUAAAGUGUCUUUGGAGAGUCUUUAUUAAAA